AUGACACCAGAUGAUAUUUUGAAUCUAUUAAAGCUCGUCUGUCCACCUUCGCCAGUUGUAUCUCUAUCAGCACCAACAAGGCACAUUGUAGAGGAUUUGAUUACUGUUAGGCCAAGAACUUCUCCCCCUUUGAAAACACACAAAUCAACUCCUUGGAAGAGAAGACCUUCAGCUGUAGCUGCUUCUAUUCAGGACAGAGACGAUGUCUUGGAUAUGAUUUCGUCUACUACCGAGGAUCAUCAACAGGAAGAAGACGAGGAUGAGCAAGACAAAUUCCAACCUGAUUUGAUAAUGUCAGGAAACACAUCAAUUGAAGUACCUGACGAUAGUCCCGGAGAGAAAGAAGAACAUUCCAAAUUAAUUACAACCGAAGAAGAAGAGGAUGAAUAUUCAAACCAGGAUUUGGCUCGUUACUACCGUAGAUCUCUCAAACUGACCCAGAGAUUGAAAUCAUCCGAGAAAAGCCUAGCCUCCAUGGCUCGUGAUAACGAAGAUCGAAUUGUUCAAUUGCAAAACAAGGUGGAUGACAUGAAUAUGGAGGUUGCCAAGCAAAGACGAGAAAUUCAAGAAUACAAAGGCAAAGAAAAGAGCAGUUUGGACCAAAUCAGUGCUUUGGAGGCUCACAUCUCCAAUAUCCAGCGCUCAGAAACAGACCAAAAGCAGGUGUAUCUAUCCAUCAAGUCGUUGUUUGAUGAGAAAUGUCGUGAAGCGCAAGAGUUGCAAGAAUUGUUGCGACAAAAGGAAUGCGACCUCGAAAAAACUGAAGAUUUACUCAACAGCUUUCAAUACGAAGUUCAACUGUUGAGCCAAGAGAGAAGCAGACUGAUAGGCCUUCAAAACAACCUGGAAAUGGAGCUACAAACAUCAGCCCAAGCGCAUAAACAGCUGGAAGAGCAGAAAUCUGAAAAUGAGAAAUUGAAAGAGAUUAUUGAUACACUCAAAACUGAUCUAGACGAAGCACUUCAUCAGCAAAGUAGUAGUAGCAGUGCUGGUGAGGUGCUCUCCUGUGAACUAGUUGACGAUACCAUAGUGAUGCCUCACCAUCCCUCCAAUAUAAGGCAGCCUUCGAUUAUAUCUGUUUCAUCUUCUAUAAAUGAGGAAUCACAUGCAUCUUUGAAGACGUUGGAAAGUGAAUUUACUGAUUUGGAUCAGUUGAAAUCUGUCAGAGACGAGAAAGACUAUUACAAAAAUCGAGCAAACGAAGCCAAGGAAGACUUGGACAGAGUGAAAAGUGAAUUGGAUUACCUUCGAAGGGCAUUAGAUUCAGAGAAUCGCUCCUUGGUGAAUGAGCUGGCAGAGCUAAGAUUAAAGACCAACACUGUGAUUGUGCCUCCAUUAUCUCCAUCGUCAUCUUCAACAACCACAACAGGAUUAGCAACAAAACCCAUCUUGGAUUCCAUCUCAUUGACGAUACCGGAGCCACCUAUCAUGGAUGUUUGGUCUCAUUCUCGUAUACGCAAAGUGAAUAAAAAGAAGAGAACAGUACAGGACUUGCAUGAGUCUACUUCGAGUAUGAAUUCCUUUGUCAUUACAACUUCAUCUCAACACAGCCACGCCAAUAACAGGGAUCGCAAGGUAAUGACAAGAAGGGACGAUAAGAUUGUGACAAAUACCGUAACAUUUGCACUAUACACUGUGCUUAUUUACUUUUUCGGUAUCGUCACCUCUACAUUUUUGCUGGAUGGGGCAACGGGACAAAAUGGCUGGGAACAAGCUCUAGUAGCUGCUGCUUCAGGUCAGGUACCGAAAAGCAAAGUUUUGGAAAUUAUACUCUAUUGGAUAGAAAAGUUGUUGUUUGAGCCUCAAGGAUUGCCUGUAUCAUAA